AUGAAAACACUACGCAAAUCCCUUAAUGGGCACAAGGACCAGUCCCAACACAUAUCUACUCCUUUGCCAUCCCUUUCCAAACCAUCCAGCGCUAUCCAACCGCCGAAGAAGGUCAUCAGGGCCCUCGAUUCCUACAAAUCCACCGCCCCGCAAGAGCUCUCUUUUGAGAAGGGAGACUUCUUCCAUGUCCUGAGCGAUCUAAACAAACAAGGAGUGUGGUAUGAGGCCCAUAACCCGAUGACGGGCGCACGGGGCUUAGUUCCCUGCGAUAUGUUCGAGGAGUUUCACAAGGGCGCAGCGACACCACGGCCGCCGUCGACUAGCAAUUUUAAGGGCGGCGCAGCAAAUGGCAGUGCGGCCACGACGGACAGAGCCAGGUCCGGUUCGUCCGCCAAACCUCAGGCCUACUAUGCCAUUGUGUUGCAUGACUUCGUAGCGGAGCGCGCCGAUGAACUGGAUGCUAAGCAGGGGGACUCCAUCACCGUCGUCGCUCAGUCCAACCGGGAGUGGUUUGUGGCCAAACCUAUCGGUCGUCUCGGGCGACCUGGGUUAGUCCCAGUGUCGUUUGUUGAGGUCCGUGACCCAGCAACUGGUCGUCCUGUCGAGGAUGUAAUGGCGCUAAUUGAUGGCGGAGCGUUGCCACGGGUGGAGGAGUGGAAACGCGCCAUGAUGAACUACAAAGCCAAUAGCAUCAAUCUGGGUGUGCUCGACGAUUCAACUGCCGCUAAUGUCGUGAGGAAUCCAUCAAGAACGCCUGCCGUCCCCCCUGUGCCUCCAGCCUCGUCCGUCUCUUCGCAGUAUGUUGAACGGGAGAAGCCUCUGCCGCCAGACAUUCCCCGACCUGCGUCCCCCAAACUCCUCCCAGAAGGCAUCCUUCUGUCAGCCGACGUCAAUUCUUUCCACUAUGAGAUGGACGAAUAUUGGUUCCGCGUGCACGCCAUCUACCAGCCGUAUGACCCAUCGGGAACGGACAAUCUCCCCCCUGCGAAACAACUUGUGCUCUUCCGAUCCUAUAACGACUUUUACGAUUUCCAGAUCGACCUGCUCCACGCAUUUCCUAUUGAGGCUGGAGAUUCUGACCCGAAUUCUCGUAUCUUACCUUAUAUGCCCGGGCCUGUCUCGCAAGUCGAUACUGAAGUCACGAACACCAGGCGAGCAGAGCUCGACGACUAUCUUCAUAGGCUCUGUGACCUACAGCAGUAUGCUCGCUAUAUUUUGGAGCACACGCUUGUUCGCACGUUCUUGGGGUUGAAAUCCGGUGACGCCGAGGGCGAUAUUGAGCCACGCUUGCAAGAAAUUGCAGCGCUGGAUCAAAUGGCUCAGCAGACGGAGGAGCAGUACGAUCAGAAUGGGGUAGAUCCCUACCACGAAGCGGAGCGUCUAGCCCGCUUGCAGAUAUCUGAGCAAGGGGAGAUUAUCGAAGAAGGGUAUGGCUAUGACGAGACGGACGGCUUCGGCGAUUCAUAUGGGGUGGACUCGUAUGGCCACCGUUACCACCAGAGCACCUCGUCACGUCUAUCAACGGACCCGCAAUGGGCAACCACGCAGCCUCUACGGCCCAGGUCACGGACCACCACUGGCCAUGAGCGAGCGCAGAACGGCGCAUCCGUCUACACUCAUUCUUCGCAGACAUCCGCCCCUGGCUUGCAAUCAGAAUACUAUCAAAUGAAUGGCCAGUCCUGCUCAUCUGUCGCUUCGUCCCAUGAUCACCACCCGAGUUCUGGACGCGUCUCACAGGCCGGCUCUACAGCUACGUCGCGGACCUCGCUGUCCGGGCGCACUCGUUCACAAUCCAACGCGAACUACAAUCCCCCAAUAUCCGCGACCAAUCCUCAAAUCGCAUUCUUGAAAAUUAAGAUAUUCGCCCCCUCUGCGGAAGACAUUGUUGCCUUGCGAGUACACCCCAACAUCACGCAUGCUCAGCUGCUCGAAAAAGCGUCGGAGAAGCUGAAGCUGGACUCUCCCGUCUCCACUCUGCGCUUCCGAGAUAGCGUCAACAACGACUUCGUGGAUCUUAUGUGCGAUGAAGAUCUGCGAAUAUGGCUGGACACCACGGACAAGUACGUGCUGUAUGCGGGGUGA